CAACGUAUCAGGAAGAUCACCUUAACUCUAAUCCUCCCUCUCUCCUUCAUCUUCCUCAUCCACAUCGAACUCUCCAACAUCCUCUUCGGCAAUAUCGUCAAAAAUACACAACAAAUGAUGGAAACCCCACAAGGCACACCCCAAUACCGCACCCUCUCCAACAUGUUCUCUUCGGAAUGGACCACCUUCAUCCUCUUCAAGCUCAUCUACUUCACUUUCCUCCUCAUCUUCUCCCUCCUUUCCACCUCAACAGUGGUAUACACCAUCGCCUCAAUCUACACCGCAAGAGAGGUCAUUUUCUCCAAGGUCAUGACCAUCGUUCCCAAGGUUUGGAAGAGACUCAUGAUAUCCUUUUUGUGCACCUUCGCAGCCUUUUUCGUCUACAACAUCAUGGUAGUGCUUGUCGUCAUCAUAUGGGCACUUACAACUAGGGGAAGGAGCGACGAAGUUGGGCUUUUUGUGGUGUUGGCGGUCUUCUAUUUCGCAGGGUUUGUGUACUUAACCGUGAUUUGGAAUCUUGCCAGUGUUGUUACUGUGGUAGAAGACUCGUGUGGGAUUGGAGCCAUGUUGAAGAUCAACACAUUGAUAAGGGGGAAGAUGGGUUUAUCGGUAGUGAUAUUCUUGAAGCUGUUGGUUUCCUUUGGGUUGAUACAAUUUUUGUUCAAGAAAACGGUGGUGCAUGGGUUGAGGUUAGGGUCUAUGGACAGAACACUUUAUGGGAUAGUGUGUUUGGUGUUGUUCUCUCAGUUGUAUCUGUUCCAACUUGUGAUCCAAACGGUUCUCUAUUUCGUUUGA